AGUCGUCCCCAAGUCGUCCAACGCCCUGUUCUUCGACUUUUUGGUAGCUUAAUUAUGAGCUCCGAUACGAAAUAACAUCAUAUUUCACAGAUUGGUGGUUCAAACUUCAAAUAUGAUUAUACACCUUCUUCUUUUUUUCCGGACUCCUUCAAAACAAUACUUGAACUUAAUAUGCAGAUCCACCCUCAACAAGGAUCAACUAACAACAUAAUAGAGGGUGUGGAUCAAGGGUUACAAUUAAAUCGAUUCGACAUAUCGAAUAUACCUUCUUCUUUUUUUGGGGGGGUGGGGGUGGGGGUGGGGGAGAAUGAGAUUGAGGGGAUCUUUGGUAUAGUAGGAGUAUAUAGCUCAGCAAAGUCUUGCUUUGUGGUCCAAGUCCAGAGGUUGGUGAAUACUAUAUUGUCAUGGAGUUCUUCAACAAGGCCAACCCGUUUAAGCUCCGGAGCCACCUCGAGAAGUACCUUGUGGCUGACGAGGAAGACCGAGAGAAAGUCCGGCAAAGCCGCAGGUCCGCUGACUCGAGGAACGCACUGUGGUUCGCCGAGCCUGUCCCUGGUGGCCACACCAUCCGCCUCAGGAGUUGCCAUGGCCGCUACCUCACUGCCUCUGACGCUCCAUUCCUCCUAGGCAUGACUGGCAAGAAGGUGAUCCUGACCGAGCCGGGCACUAGCUUGGACUUGGAUCCAUCCCUAGAGUGGGAACCCAUGAGGGACGGAUUCCAGGUGAGGCUGAGGACGGGCGUGGGGAAAUACCUGAGGGCCAAUGGAGGAACACCGCCGUGGCGGAACUCCAUCACACACGACGAUCCGCACAGCAGCGCCACCCAGAAUUGGGUGCUGUGGGACGUGGAGGCAGUGAAGCCCAACCAUGGCGGUAGUGAUAGCUCGGCAUCGUUCCAGCAGUACCUAUCGGCUGUCUCGAGUUUUUCCUCCGUGCCGGAAGACAUCCUCCGCGUGCUUGGCUUGGAAACAGAAUGGCCUAAGGAAAUAAUCUCCAGGAAUCCGCCCUCCAAAUAUUCCUCAGACCAGUUACCGGCUUCCGGUGCGAUGGAGAUGUUCGGGAAAGUGAAGGUGGUCAGGCUGAGGAGCCUCCACGGGAAGUACUUGGUGGCUGAUGAGGACAGGAUGACGGUGGGGCAAGAGCGGGACGGGGCAUCGGGGAAGGCGAGGUGGUUGGUGGAGUUUGUGCUCAACUCUGACUCCAUCAUCCGCCUCCGCAGCUGCCACGGCCGGUAUCUGACCGCCUCCAACUCCCCAUUCCGCCUUGGGGUCGCUGGUCAUAAGGUGCUCCAGACAUUGCCCAAGAGGCUAGACUCUUCCUUGGAGUGGGAGCCAGUCAAGGAAGGUAACCGGAUCAAGCUCAAAACUCGCUACGGCAACUUCCUCAGGGCUAACACGUCAGGUCCUCCGUGGGGUGGCUCGGUGACUCACGAUAUCCCCCGUCGGUCCUCCACCCAGAACUGGGUCCUCUGGGAUGUGGAAGUCGUGGAGCAGCAGGCUCAUUCUGUGGACGACGAGCCUCUGGUGACAAUGGGUCCACCUGCUCGAUUCGAUUCCGUGGCAUCAUCCCUGUCCAACUUGAAUUCGCGGAAUCACGAGAAAUCUCCUCCAAUUUUGUACAGAGAAGAGUCCAUUGAUUCGGGCAUCUCUUUGUCUCCUAAGAUGGAAGGGCGGGUCGUCUACUACCACAUUGCGGACGAGAAUGGUGAGGUGCUAGGAGAAGAGAUGCAGGGAUUCACCCUAAACUUCAAUGGCAAAUGUGUGAAAGAACUGACCCGUAAGUUGGAGGAAGAGACGGGGAUUGUGAGGCCCAUAGUGUGCUUCCGCAGUCCAUUGAAUGGAAAGCUUUGCCCUCUGCGAUUGCAGCUCCCUCCGAACAUCGCUAUGCGUGUUGUGUUAGUCCCGUCUUCAUCGUUUGCAGAAGUAACGGACCAGACGAACCCGGAAACUCUGUAACACGCAAGUGAUCACAAAUUUUUUGCCUGUACAUCGCGGGGACAACUGCCUUCAUAUGCUGUAUGGUAGAAGAAGCCAAAGAUUUAUCGGAAGUUCUACUCAUUUCCAUCUAGCGAUGAUCGAUUAAAUUCAUUGUACGGUUCGAUUCAUAAUGCAAAUAUUCUCGUGUAGGAUUCAGUCCUAACAGGUUCAUCUGUAAAUACCAAAUGUGUGAUAUCUACCGUCGAAUCUUUAUGGCUUUAGAUUUUGUCGUGAUAA